CCUUUGCGCAUGCGCACUCCUCACCGUAGCGAUGGACCGUGGGAUUGGUGUGUAUUGACAUAGCAACCGGGCUAAAGAGCCGCCGGCAGUCGUGUAUUUCUGUUCGGGGUUAGUUUUUUUUGCUUCGGUUUUCUGUGGUGAAAGUGCCGCCGCUGCCAUGAACGCGGCGGUGGUGAAGAAGACUCAGGACACGCUGGGAAAAGUGAUAAAGAAACCCCCGCUGACGGAGAAGCUGCUGAGCAGGCCGCCGUUUCGGUACCUUCACGACAUCUUCAGCGAGGUCAUCAGGACCACCGGUUUUAUGAAAGGCCUGUAUGAAGAAAAGGAAAUGAAGUCAGAUAGUGUCAAGGACAAGGACUCCAAAAUAACGUUCCUGCAGAAGGCGAUCGAUGUUGUGAUGUUGGUGUCCGGCGAGCCUCUGGCAGCAAAGCCUGCUCGGAUCGUAGCCGGCCAUGAGCCCGAGAAAACCAACGAGCUGCUUCAGGCCAUCGCAAAGUGCUGCCUCCACAAGUUGUCCAGCGAUGAAGCAGUGAAACGAGUUCUCGCAGGAGAGAAGGUGGACUUGAAGACGAAAGCGAGCACCUCCAGGUCUCAGGGCAAGGAAAACAAGGAGGGAAGGGACCAACAGCUGGACAAGGAGGAAAAGAAGAAGAUAGAGCGCAGCAGCAGCCGGGAGCAAAAGGAUCCGAAACCGUCCAAAGAGCAGGAGAGCCGACACAGAGACCGAGACAAAGAAGAUCACCGAGAUCCCGAGCGCACAGACAGGCAUCACCGCAGCGAGCAGGACCAUCAGGCCAAAGACCGCGACAAAGACAAGAGCCGAGAGCCGGAACGAGAGCGGGACAAGGGACGCGUCAGGGACAAGGAGAAAGACAGAGACCGAGACAAGGAGAAGACCAGAGAGAGGGACUCCCACAGAGAGAGAGACAGAGGCAAAGACAAACGAAGAGACAAAGACAGAGAGAAGGAUGGAGAGCGACACAAAGACUUGGACGAUAACAACAGAAGCGGGGAGAGAGGAAACAAGAAGGUCAGAGAGUCAGAGGAAGCUCAGCAGAAAGCCCGUCCUGAAGAGCAGAGCAGCAAAUCAGCCAAAACUGUGCCAGCCGAUCUAAAACCAGUUGAAGAGCCCUCAGAUGUAGUUGAAAAUCAGUCUGACAGUCCAGUGAGAAUACCCCGACCCUCAUCUGCCAAAGGCCAGAGGAGGAAACCCAAAAUUGGAAAUAACGCAGAUGAGUCUGACAGUGAAGGAGAUGGAGACGUUCCGUUAGCGCAGAGACCCGUCCCUCAGGAGAACGGAGACCCUGAAGGGUCCUCAGUGCCAUCAUCAGACAAGACGUCUAGACGAUUGGCUCGGCCAAGCAGCGCUCGGCCAGCGCCUCCUCGAGUCAGGAGACAAGAGAGCAACGCUGACGGGACCCCAGCUGAGAGGCUGUCGAGUGCCAAGCCCCCAGCUCCCAUUAUAAUGGACGGGAAGAGGGUGUCGGAGGAUGAGGAGGAAGACGAUGAGCAGUUCCUGGUGGUGGAGGCGGUCCCCCCACCUCUAGAUGCUCCUGAUGCAGCGAGAGAAGCUGCGCAAGAACUCGACGCUGACGAGAAACAUGGUGGACUCGUGAAGAAGAUCCUUGAAACCAAGAAAGACUAUGAAUCGACUCCCUCCUCACUCAAAUCUAAAGAACAGAACCUGGUGUCCGAGACGGCUCAGAAGAAAGAGCGGGAACUGGUGACGAGGGAGAUCGAGCGGCUCCGCGCCUCCAUCCAGACGGUGUGUCGGAGCUCUGUACCGCUCGGGAAGAUCAUGGACUACAUCCAGGAGGACGUGGACGCCAUGCAGGCUGAGCUGCAGAGCUGGCGGCGGGAGAACAAGGAGCACGCGCAGGCCCUGCUGCAGGAGCAGAGAGCGACGGACCGCGCCGUGGAGCCCCUCAAAGCGGAGCUGGUCGAGCUGGAGCAGCUGAUCAAGGACCACCAGGAUAAGAUCUGCGCUGUGAAGUCCAACAUCCUGAGGAACGAGGAGAAGAUCCAGAAGAUGGUGACUGGGAUCAGCUCCAGAACCUGAGAGUAAAAGGAGAAAUGAGCUCCGGACAUUUGGAGAGGAGUGGUUUGUUGCUAUGGGAACGGCGGAGGCCCGUUCUGCCCAGAGAGCUUGCACCGUGCUUCAGAGGCCCGGUGUUUAGGUUUUAGUCAACAGAUUUAAAAAGUGGAUGGGUCCGCCUGGCUGCUGUUUGGUCAAACCGUGCCUUUGCUGAAUGGGUCAGUGCACAGGUUCUAACGUAGAAGUCAGCGUGGGUCGUUUUGGGUAGAGGCACAUUCAGCAACCUCUAUGCUGAGGAAAGUCUUAAUUGUCAUUUCAGGAACAAGACAAUACUGUAGUUUAGCGUUAUGGAAAAGAAAAAUGACCUGAAAAUAGGAUUUCUGGUCUUCUUUCAGUAUUUAUUUUACUUUCAACUAUUGUCUAUAUUCACCUGGUUAAACGGACAGCUGACUGAACGUUAAUUUUGAAUGUUUUCAGGACCGAGGAGCAAAGUCUAGUUAGCCUAACCUGCUCCCGUUCUUUAUUCUAGCGUCUUUUAAUUCCUCCGGUCAUCUUUAUCCAGCUCCUCCUGAGCUCCGGCCGGUGAAAUACUGUCGACUCUGUUUUUUAGAAAGCUUUUCCCUUCACGUCUUCAAUCACUCCUCCGCUUUAGACGCACUGCUGCACUUUGAUAUUCGCUUUUUUUUUUUUAAUCGGGGGCGGGAGAAAAAGAUGCUUUCUGUGAACUUGGCAGCUGAAGAAUCUGGGUCAUAAAUAAAGCCCAGAAAGAAACGAUGAAUGUUGCAGUGAGCACAGAAGAGACCAGCUUAAUGACUUUAAAACAAAACCAUUACUUUUGCUCCUGUUACAGCUGCGUGAAUCGUACGUUAUGCACAACGCUGAUAGGAAUAAACGGAGCAGUUUGGUUGACUUGGGUAUUUUUAAACUACAGUAACAGAAUUAUUUGGUCGUAGUCUAUCUGUGGGUUAAUUACGGUUCCAUUUGUUUUCUCGCAUAGUGACGUUUGUCCUCCCUAAACUAAACUCUGCACAAAAAUCCUGAUCAGACUGAGGAAGGACUGAGUUCCCUCCGUCGAGUUUAUUCUCUUUUUCUGGGCUGAAGGUAAAGAACCUGUCUGGCAUCACAGGCUUUUCCAGAUUCGCCGCCGACCUGCUAUGUUGCUGUAGGGGCCUUCCGGGGUCCUGAUCCG